GUGAACGACAGCCACUGACCGACAAGAACAAAACCGACCCGGGAAACUUGGGCAAAAGCCUCGAUCCUGUGUAUCAAUCCGUGAAUCCCUGUCCGCAUCGAGUCUGCCGCCGAAAUCAUAAAUUUCCGAAGCACAUGGUUGAUGAAGCUGAGUUUAUUAGCUGCUCGAAGAAAACAAGAUGGAAACUACCCCUUUCGUUCACCGACAUUUCCGGAGAAUAUCUUACCAACUGUCCUGUGGACUACAGCCUUUUGAGGAACCCGUUUUCUAACAAACCAGAAGAACUAAACCCUGAAGAAGAAGAGAAACUAUGGCAGUUCCUCGGAAUCGUACGUCCCACCGCGGAUGAACUGCCAAAUCAGUCCACUGAAAACCCUUUCUACACUACAUCAGUUCCACCACUGCAUUCCAAACGAGAACUGAAAAGAUUACGACAAGCUGAACGUCAGAACAAAUUGGAGAAAUGGUAUAAUCUACCCAAACCCGAUGUCACAGAGGAAGACCGCGAUGACUUAGAAGUUAUUCGGUUACGACGCGCACUCGCUGUGGAGACUCAUGUGAGGAGGUCAGACACGAAAACCAAAUACUUCCAGCAUGGUGUUGUGGUUGACGAUCCUGGCAGUUUUUACGAUCGUGUUCCACGGAAACAGCGUGGCAGGACAAUUGUGGAUGAGCUACUUUCCAACGCAGAAUUAAUGAAACAACAACGGAAGCGUUACGCUCGCCUCCAGCGUGCUACGGCGGAAAAGCGAGCCGCUAUGCACAGACAAAAACAGCAGCGGCUGAAGAGGUUGAAAAGCAAAACGGGGAAGAAGCAGUCCACUAUUUUGGUUCCGGAGUAACUCAGUUGGAAAAUUUGCACAAAGCAUUUAAUACAGACAUACAGACACGCUUUGAACAAAUACAAACCCAAAAC